CGCUAGUAGUGUGCAUGUUGUCGGAAGUGUUGGUGUUUUGAUGUUGAAGUUUAAACAUUCUUUUCGUAACAGCUGCGUUUCUGAAGGGCGACUCAUCGGAUGGUGGGCAAAAGGUGGGAAGUUGACAAGCAGAUUGACGAGGACAAGAAAAAUGGAUGACAGUAUACAGCCUCUGUUUACAUUUGGAAUCAUUGCUGAUAUCCAGUAUGCUGAUAUUGAUGAUGGCUUUAACUUUAAACGCACGAGAAAACGAUACUACCGAAAUAGUCUGAAAUUACUACGUAGAGCAAAUGAGAAGUGGAGAACAGAGGCAGUUCCACCUAGCUUCAUCCUGCAGUUAGGAGAUAUCAUUGAUGGGUUCAACAAGAAGUAUGACGCGUCCGAAAAAGCCCUCGAAACGGUUGUGAAUGAGCUGGACAAAGGUGAAAUUGAAGUACACCAUGUGUGGGGCAACCAUGAAUUUUAUAACUUCAGCAGAGACGAUCUAAUGAGCUCGGCUCUGAACAGCAAAGCCACGGAUGGUGGCAUGACUGACGACGUUGUCCCAACCGGAGAAAGCGCUGAGGAGAGCUACGCCUAUCAUUUUAGUCCUGCUCCACGCUUCAGAUUUGUCGUGCUUGAUGCCUACGAUUUGAGUCUUAUUGGGCGAAAAGAACCUAGUGAAAGGUAUUACCAGUCUCUGGAAAUCAUGCAGGCACACAACAACAACGACGAUCUUAAUCACCCUCCAGUAUCCAUAGGAUUGGAACAAAGGUUUGUGAAGUUCAAUGGAGGAUUCAGCCAGGACCAACUUGACUGGCUUGAGGGGGUACUAACCCUUGCAGAUGAGAAACUUGAAAAAGUCAUCAUUGUGAGUCACCUGCCCAUCCAUCCGAACUCCACAGAUCCAAUUUGUCUUGCUUGGAACUAUGAAAAAGCGCUCUCUAUAAUACGUGCUCACAAGAGUGUGGUGUGUUUCAUGGCUGGGCAUGACCAUGAUGGGGGCUACUACAGAGAUGCCUCUGGAGUUCACCAUCUCACCCUGGAGGGGGUGAUUGAGACCCCACCAGACAGCGAGGCGUUUGGCACUGUAUAUGUAUAUGAGGACAGGAUGGCAUUGAAAGGGAAUGGCAGGGUCACAGACAGAAUUCUCAUGUAUCCAUGAGGUUAUUAAGGAGAGGACAAAGCCUAGUGGUUGUAUUAACAGUUAUAAAGUAUUAUAUAAUGGCAGUAAGGCAAUGGCACGCAGAAAUCAGUUCUGUGUGAACUGAGUGGUAAAACCUUUAGGAAAUCAUCUGAAUUUUGAGAAAGUAGAAACACUUUUAUGUGUGCAUUUGUUCUGAAUCUGAAAGUGUAGUUUUGGGUUCCUUUUACUUGAUGUCAAAAAAUAGCUUUUUACUAGUGGUAUGUAAUAAUU